UCGUACUGCAGCGCGCGCGCACUCGACGAGCAAGGCGCAGGCGCCGCCGCCGCCGCUGGCCGUGCCGCUGGCGGGCUGGGCGGGCACGUCCAGCGCCUGCUAGCGAGCGCGGGGGGCGCCCGCCCCCCCCGCCACCACCGCGCACCUCGGCCCCGACUCCCACCCCGCGCACGCCCUACUCUCCGUCGCCCACGCUCUCCUCUUCCCCGCCAACACCAUCGCCACCAAGGACAACCUCCUCCCGAUCGAGGAAGUCACCAUGCCCUCCGAUGACGUCAGCGACCUGAGGGACGUCGUCGACGCCAUCAACAAGCUCUGCGACACUAUGAAAACCUCCAGCUGCGACGAGGAAACUUUCGAGAGCUGCUCCCGGUCGGGCAGCUUCGACUUAGUCGACGCGCUCGUAGCCGAGGAGACGAUCCCCGAAGAGACCGUUUUUGAGGAAGUCGAGACUGACCCCGAUUGGUACGUGGCGUGUCACGUGGAAACGGCGGAUCCGAGCGACGUGAUAUUUAAGAAAGUGGAGCAUUACAAUACGGAGACGUGGCGACAGUCCGUCUCUAGGCUGGAAGUGGCCUCCCCGGAUGACGUACUCGUGAGCACCGCCGAGACGUAUGUAGCGGAAACGUGGAGAGAUCUGCAAGCGGAAGUUAUGAAAACUGAGCAGGAUAGAUGGAGUGAGUCUUCGAAGUUGGAGCAGAAAACGCACGAUAGAUUGAGCGAGAGGUCGACUAGAGAAACAGUGAGUCGAGAGGAAGUACUGCAGAAAGCCAAAGCCGAGACGCAAAAUAGAUGGAGUGAUCCUUCUUCGAGAGAAAUAGCGAGUCCAGAAUUCGUGCAAAGAGCGAAAGCGGAGACUCAAGACAGAUGGAGUGAUCCUUCUAGGUCAGAAAUAGUGAGUCCGGAGAUAGUGCAGAAACACGAGGGUUCAGUAGAGAGAUGGAGUGAUUCCACCGUGUCCCUGCCGGGGCAGAUAGAAGAGGAGACUGUGACGUCUGACGAGCGGCAGGCUCAUGAAAGCGAGAUGUACUAUACGGCUUCGUCUGAAGUUUCCCUGCUCUCUGAUUUGGACGGAGCUGAUAAAGUACAAGAGCCAGUAGAGACGGAUGAUAGGAAGGAGUGUGUGAUAGCGGGGCACGUGGCCGCGAUGCGGGAACGCUUCGAGAGUAUGACGCGCACGAACACGCCGUGCCCGGACCUCAUGCGCUCGGGGUCUCCCGCGCUAGACGUCUUUAGAAACAUUACGCCUUCCCCUGAUCGUUUAGGAUAAAAGUU